GCUGACGGAGAGUUGUCUAGUAGACCAGUUUGGACGGAGUCGGAGUCUGAGCUUAUAAAGGGUUUGCCGGCAAUAGAUGGUUCCAGUCAGUGUCGGAUAGACUCCGGAUCUAGUCACGACAUAGGGCUUAUUCUAGUGUCGAAGAGAAAAACCGUUCUAAGAAAGAGUGCUAAAGAUGGGAAAACUAUUGCCGUUGAUCCUUCUGGUAGCAGCUUUCGUUGGAAGCCAAUCAGCACCAACCACCACCAUCAUCCAUCAGCCGGCCCAAUACUAUCUGCUGCAGCCGCAGCCUUCAACCCUGAAGAUCCAACCACACCUCAUCCAACCGAUCCAACAUCUGAAACUGGAACCCAAGCAGCAGCUGGUCUAUUACUACCCAUCGAUCCCGCUCAGCAGUUCGAUCAGCUAUGACAAGCCGAUCCGCCUGGUGUCGCUCAAGCAGGAGGAACAGCCCUGGUGGCAGGGAUUCGUGAACUUCUUUCAACCAAGCACAGAAAAGCCAGCUGAGUCUGCUGAAUCCGCCACGGAAGCUCCAGCAGCUCCAGCCGAAGGCGAAGCUGCUGGCAUGAUGAAAAACCAGAUCUUCAUGGCUCCGGCUGAUGCCGAGCAGUUGCCAUCUAAGACAGAAACCAAGGCCACUCCAUUGGGAGGUCAUCGGUACUACAUUCUGUCCGGAGCUCCUCAGUUCUAUGGAAACUUUGACGCGCUGCAGAACCCACUGAAUCCAAUCUUCAGUCUGCAGCCCCUGCAAGCCAUCCACGCUCGUUCAAACUCGGAAAUCCAGGCUGAACCACAGAUCGUUUCCUCGAUUGCCCCGAUCGCUCCAGUUCCGGCACCGCUUCCUGCUCAACUGAAGAAUGAUCUACUGGAAUCACACCCGGACAAGACUGCCACCAUUGAACGCACCUGGGCUCGAUCGCUGGACGAUGAACCUGCUCCGGAACCGGAAAUCGCCCAGGGACGUUCCCAAUCGGAUGAACCGAGUGAGCAAAAUCUUCCACAGGGCGUUGACGAAGAGAGCAAGAAGGAAGAAACGGGAUCGCUCCGGCAGGCGAAUGAACCUUCUGUUGCGGCCGUCAAGUCAGCGGGAAUCGCCCUUGCCGGACGAGGUGGUUUAGCUGCUUCGGCCCCAACCGGAACGGCCAUCGCCGGCAAAAACGGCCUAGCUCUGGCCUCGCCAACGGCCACUUCCGUCGCAGGCAAUUUCUUCGAAGAAGAUGAGGACAAGAACAAGAACUGAAUCAGAUUGGGACUCGAAACUGGAACUAGAUCGAUUUUAGUGGCGUAGAUGUAGUCUGUCUUUUAGGGUUAGGGGAAAUUUAUGAGCAAUGACGCAAUCUCGACAUUGGUGCUGGUAGGAAAAGCUUAGAGACGAUCGAAUUCGACCGGUUCAUCUGGUGCAUCGAUCGUCUGGUCGUGUGAGGGACAUCUUAGUGAUCAAGGAUAUAAUCGUAUACGUACACGUAAGACUCGAUCCCUGUAGCGGAAGUGGUCUUUCCGGGCCCAGGGAGAGAGUGGACUGAUGAUCCCACCUCAAAGAGAGCGGGACAUUAUAAAACAAUACUUUGGAUUUUGAAACCUGGUGAUUUAGGAUUUAUCGAAAUUUUAGACUGUAGGUUUUAGGAUAAGUUCAUCAUCACUCAUCGACUAACGAAAGAAUUGAGCCGAUGGUUCUACCUUUCUCAUACAACAAUUCUAGAACCUCAGCUCAAUUCUACUAGGAAGACUCAUCUCAUCACUCACCUUGCAUUUCAUCACGAUAAAAAUGUGUUCAUGAAAAUCAGUAAAAAAAAUAAAUAAACAAACUUUAAAAGGAA